UAAUGUCAGAAGAUAGGCUCUUGUAAGAGGAAGUGCCUUAUUUAUAGAGCAUAUAAUAUACAUAAUAGAAAUAGAACUAAGGCAAUUUUGAUGAACAUUAAUUUGAAGUUUAGGAUAAUGAGAAGGAUGAAUUGAUAAGAAAGAUAGAAGCAUUAGAAUCUAAAUUGAAAAAUACAAUAGAUGAUAAACCUUACAGUGAAUUGAUAAGAAUAUUAAUAUGGGAAGCAUUGGGAACUGCAUUCUUUGCUUAUGGAAUAGUAUGUUCAAGAGGAAAUGAUGUCAUGUUAAGUGUAUAUCUAUUUGGAGCAAUAUUUUUAAUCGGUAAGAUUACAGGAGGACAUGUGAAUCCUGCUGUUUCAAUGUCAUUUUAUAGUUUGAAUGAGAUAAGUGCAUUUACAAUGAGAAUUUAUUGGGCAGCAUAAGUUGGUGGUGCAAUAGCAGGAGCUUUGGCUGCUUUUGUGAUUGUAGGAAGAGUUACAUCUCCAUAUAUAGAAACUUAACCAAUACAAUGGAUGGUGGCAGAUUUUUGUGGAGAAGUAUAUAUUAUAUGAUAUGAUUAAUUAAGGCUUUGGGUACAUUUGUAUUUUGUUUGUUUAUUCAUAUUCAAGUUCAUCCAUAAACAUAAUUAACUGAAAAUAAAUUGAUAGGAAUAGGAAUAAUUGCAACGGCACUAUAUUUUGGUAGGAUUUUGACAUAUCAUACUGGAGGUAUAAAUGAUAUAAGAGAUAAUAGGUUGUUUGAAUCCAGCUAUGGGAGUUGGAUUAGGUAUCUUUGAAUCAUUAUAAGAUGGUAAUUGGGAUAGAUUGAUUAAUAUAUGGAUCUAUAUAUUUGGUCCUUUUUCAGGAGCUUCUUUGGCUUCAGAGUUUUACAGAAGCGUUUAUGUAGGGUUAUUGCCAAAGAAAUAAUGAUU